GUCAGCGUAUAGCAAUUGUUCACACUUCACAAUAUUUGAAGUUUUUCCGUGUUGUAAACAAUGCCACAGCAGUGGGAAGUUAAGUUUUUAGUGCAUGAAGAGUGGAGAAUAUAUAUUUUGUUGUUGUUUUAACUUUUCGUGGUGAUUGAAGAAAGAUUUCAAGGCGCUGUCUAAGUAGUGCGUUUGUGAUCUUUGUAACUCCCGCCGAAGCUGGCUUAGAUUUGAAUACAGUUGUGACACGAAAGUACGAUGAAUAUGACAGUGUAUUGAAGUCUGAAAUUUGAACUGCAUUUUCUAUGAGAAUGGGGACCAAGACAUCUGCGCGACCUAAUUUAACGUAUAUAUAACUUCUUAACAUUACGUAUUAGUACGACUCUGUUUCGUUGAUGAUAGGAAAGCUUAUAUUCCUGCUACGGCGUUUCCACAGACAUAUCUUCAGGACAGUGUUAAAUGUAUGCAGGAAAAGCAGGCCCUGAAAGGAAUUAAGCCCCAUAUUUGGUUAACCCCUGUUAAGGAUGUGGAGUUUCCAAAAACGUAUGUGCAGAAAGUGACAGCGCAGUCAAAUAAUGCAGAAGCUGUAGAACAGUAUGUAGAGUGUUCAGAAGCUGUGGCGCAAUAUGUGCAGUGCCCUGAUCCGAAUAUAUAUUUAAAGCAGAGGGAAACGCAGCCCCCUGGUUGGAAUAUUCAGCAUCUGCCGUCAUCGUCGGAUCACGCAUCAAACUUGCAGUCUUCACUGCCGAGUUCAGAUUCGUCGACUGCUGUGACUAGCACAUCUGCAAGAGCAGAAAGAGCAACAACUCCAAAAGAAGUGAUAGAGAUUGAGAUGGAGGAUACAAAUGAAAUUAUAGAGGUGGACAGUUUCAGUGCUGCUCACUUACUCGCCACGCAGCCCGAAAUUCUGUCAGAUACCUCACCCGACAUCUGGCAUAAAAUUAUCGUGGUAUCAGCUGUGUAUAACAGAAUGGCUGUUCUCAAUGCCAUCAACAGGAGAAUUUCUCCACUGAAGCUCACUCCAUAUUUUUUUCGCAUGGAGAAAGAACACAUAACAUUCCUGGUGAAUAAUUGCAGUGCUGCCAUGACAGCAUUGUUCAAACAAAACCUUAAAGUACCAUUUUAUCCUCGUAAGAUUGUAUUGAAAGUCCAGCUUCAUGCCAAGAAAGUCGACCUCUCUGCAAUUCUGCAGAGAAUUAUCAGUAAUAGACUCAGUUCUUGGAAAACGUGCUUAGAUCUGUCAAACCUGACUAGCAUUCCUGAAUUUCAGCAGGUGAUGUAUGACCCAUCACAAACCCAUUUACUGCCGCAGUUGAUGAAAAUGGUACAGGAGGUGGCUCCGAACCUCAUCAGCCUCAGUCUUGCAGGAAAUGAGCUGUGGACACUGGACCAUCUUACAAGCGUCUUUGCAAAUAAACCCAAAUGGUGGUCACUGAGAGUGUUAGAUCUGACCGACAACAAGAUUGACAGUGUUUCUAGACUGGUGGCCUUGAAGUCUAUACCUAUUACAGAAUUAUACUUGCACAAAAAUCCUGUGUGUGGGAGAUAUAGCAACGGCCAGUCCUACAUAAGAGUCAUCAUGAGGGACUUUCCAUGUCUCACUAAAUUGGAUGGGACUUACCUGCAUUGCAUACCGGGCUUGCCACAGUGGCGGCCUAAUUACAUUUUCUGUAGCAGUCACGGCGACUCAGGUGAGCUCGCUGACCAGUUCGUCGAGCACUUUUUCACGCUGUAUGACAGUGAGGAUCGGGCGUGUCUUCGUGGCCUGUACCACAAAGAUGCCUACUUUUCCCUGUCUAGCAUGUACCUUCCUGGACAGAGCACAUCAUUACAUGCGAGGUUGAGCUCCUACAUAGCAGGGCACAGUAACCUCUUAUACUCGUCUGACAGGCUGAAGUCAAAGGCUGCAUUGUGCCACGGUGAUGAGAAGGUCCUCGCAAAACUUCAGAAGCUGCCACAGACUCGACACGAUGUGUAUUCCUUCACUGUGGAUCUACUACAACAUUCCGAUGUAAGUACUAUACUGACUGUUACGGGUGUGUUCAAAGAGCAAUCUAUGAAAAAGAACAUAUCGCUUAGACAUUUUAUGCGUACCUUUGUUCUCAUCAGACGAGCAAAUGAUGAAUACCAGAUAGUUAACGACAUCAUGUACGUUACAAAUGCAACAACGGCAGAAGCAGAGUUGGCAUUUAAGUACACGAAGCCAUAUACAAACCCAAAGAUAAUUAGGCCACAGAGGCAUGUGACGGAGAGUGAAAAAAAUACUAUGACGAAAAUAUAUAUGACGCUUACUGACAUGAGAUCCGAGUGGUCACGCAAGUGCCUGGAUGCUGUGGGCUGGGACCUAAUAGAAGCCCUCCAAACAUUCACUGAAAUGUAUAAAGUGGGCAAAAUUCCAGCUGCUGGAUUCAUAAACCAAAAAACAGCAGAAUUGUAAAAGUGAGAAUGGUUUUGCCCACUUUGAAUAUAUGUGACUGUAUAGCAAUUGAAGCAGUUGCUGAGAAAUGUUGCACACUUUGUGAAUGUCAUAGUUUCUGCUUCAAGAUUGUUACAGAAAAAGCAUAUUCAGUGUAAAGUUUUUUUGAGUGAAUGGUUAAUGCAAGAACAUAAUCAGGGAACUGUAUCCUGAUAACAGUUAAUGUAAUGUUGACUGUACCAAAAGAAAAAUUUAAUCAAGGUAACUGUUAAAUUAUGAGACAGAUUGCUGAGCCGUAAUUAGCUUCAGUACACUGAUACACACACAAAAGCUAAAGGACCCAACACUGUCCUGGCUUUAGGAACGAUCAGUUCCUUACUUGAGAAUUAGAGAAAAGGUGUGUGGCAAAAGGUUAAUAAGGGAGGACAGGUCACUCAGACACCAUGAUGAGAGAGAACGGCCAGCUCAUCGUGAAUGGAUUUUCAGUGUUUGAGAUAAUGUUUAACCAAGCCUCUCUUUGACUAAAUAUGCCAAGGAAUGUUGUGGCAGAACAUGACUAACAUAGGAGUAAAGUUCGCCAAAUAGUUGAAGUCGUUAAUAGUAACACAAAAAAGAAUGAAAACUUUGUUGUUAGCUUUUGGACAAAUUAUUUAACAAGAUAGAGUGGGGACAAACACAUACACACACACACACACACACACACACACACACACACACACACACACACACACACAAUCUACACCUACACCUACCCCUACCCCUACAAUUCCCACUAAACUGUGCUGGCUGAAUGUACAAUGCUGGGUGGCAUUGCAAUGUAACUUACAUGCACAAAUUUGUAACCUCAUACUGGCUGAUGGCUCACUCUUGUCUUAUUGUCUGCCUAACCUGCCAUUCCUUUCUACCUUCCACAAUCUAUUUUUUUCUCCUACCCGAUAAAGGAACUAAUUUCUGUGAAAGUGUAUAUAAUGCCGUGUACAUUUUCUUUUAUAUGUAUCAGUGAAACUAAAUAUUUAGCUUCAUGAAAGUAUGUACUGGCAAGUAAUUGUGUCUGUAAUUUCAUGUAAUCUUGAUUAGAUUGUAUGUAAAUAAAAGAUUUCUUAUGUGAAAUCAGUCUAGAAACAUAAUGUUGAGUCAGAUGAAAGUAUGUCUUGUAAAUAUGUUAUACGUAAAGAUUUUUUUAUUUUUAUACAUGUUGUUGUUGUUGUUGUGGUCUUCAGUCCUGAGACUGGUUUGAUGCAGCUCUCCAUGCUACUCUAUCCUGUGCAAGCUUCUUCAUCUCCCAGUACUUACUGCAACCUACAUCCUUCUGAAUCUGCUUAGUGUAUUCAUCUCUUGGUCUCCCUAUACAAUUUUUACCAUCCACUCUGCCCUCCAAUGCUAAAUUUGUGAUCCCUUGAUGCCUCAAAACAUGUCCUACCAACCGGUCCCUUCUUUUUGUCAAGUUGUGCCACAAACUCCUCUUCUAUCCAAUUGUAUUCAAUGCCUCCUCAUUAGUUAUGUGAUCUACCCAUCUAAUCUUCAGCAUUCUUCUGUAGCACCACAUUUCGAAAGCUUCUAUUCUCUUCUUGUCCAAACUAGUUAUCGUCCAUGUUUCACUUCAAUACAUGGCUACACUCCAUACAAAUACUUUCAGAAACGAAUUCCUGACAUUUAAAUCUAUACUCGAUGUUAACAAAUUUCUCUUCUUCAGAAACGCUUUCCUUGCCAUUGCCAGUCUACAUUUUAUAUCCUCUCUACUUCGACCAUCAUCAGUUAUUUUACUCCCUAAAUAGCAAAACUCCUUUACUACUUUAAGUGUCUCAUUUCCUAAUCUAAUUCCCUCAGCAUCACUCGACUUAAUUCAACUACAUUCCAUUAUCCUCGUUUUGCUUUUGUUGAUGUUCAUCUUAUAUCCUCCUUUCAAGACACUGUCCAUUCCGUUCAACUGCUCUUCCAAGUCCUUUGCUGUCUCUGACAGAAUUACAAAGUCAUCGGC